GACAAGCCGUCGGCCGCGCCGCUCUUCAGCCGCCGGCCCUUCAUGGUGGCCUGGAACGUGCCCACGCAGGACUGCAAGCCCCGCUUCCAGGUGCCGCUGGACUUCAGCCUCUUCGACCUGCAGGCCUCCCCCAACGAGGGCUUCGUGGACCAGAACGUGACCAUCUUCUACAAGGAGCGCCUGGGGCUGUACCCCUACUACACCAGCCGGCGCGUGGCCGUCAACGGCGGCGUGCCCCAGAACAGCAGCCUGGCCGACCACCUCGAGCGCCUCUCCGACGGCAUCGGCAAGUACAUCCGCUCGCCCACCAAAGAGGGGCUGGCCAUCAUCGACUGGGAGGAGUGGAGGCCCAUCUGGAUCCGCAACUGGAAGCCCAAGGACAUCUACCGCAACGUCUCGCAGUACCUGGUGAGGCUGCGCCAGCCCACCUGGUCCCCGGAGCAGGUGAACAAGCAGGCCGUCUUCGAGUUCGAAUCCUCGGCCCGGCAGUUCAUGAUCAGUACGCUCCGUUACGCCAAGAGCUUCCGGCCCAAGCAGCUCUGGGGGUACUACCUCUUCCCUGACUGCUACAACCAUGACUACAGCAAGAACAAGGAGACCUACACGGGGCAGUGCCCUGAUGUGGAGAAGACCCGCAACGACCAGCUGUCGUGGCUCUGGAAGGAGAGCCUGGCUCUCUACCCCUCCAUCUACCUCUACCAGGUCUUGGCCUCCACCCCCAACAGCCGCAAGUUUGUGCGGGCCCGGGUCAUGGAGGCCAUGCGCAUCUCCCAGAAGCACCACGAGGGCUACUCCAUGCCUGUCUUCGUCUACACCAGGCCCACCUACAUCCGCAAGCUGGACGUGCUCAGCCAGGUAAGGGUGCCGUGUCCUCGCUGCCCUGGCACCAGCAGGCUCUCACCGUGCCCGAUGUCCGGCCCCGUGGCCCCGCCACGGAGCGGGUGCUGCGCUGGUGCAGACGGGAGCUGCUGGAACCUGCUCCCUCUGCAGUCAGUCAUUAACCCGGGCUUCGAAGCACCAGUCUGUGGCUGCCACCUGCCCCAGGGCCCACCAGCUGCUGAUAACCUUGGGGACUUCACGUGA